GGCGACAGUCUUGUGGCACUCGGAAAUUUCAACCGAGCCUCAGAAAAAAACGAUUUUCUCAUAAAUCGUUGAAAUUAUAGCUGUGUCAUUUGGACAAGAAAAAGACAAAUACUAGACUAAUCAUGGCGAACACAAGCCCUCUCAUGAAGGAAAAUAAGGACUUGUCCUGUUACUUUGUCACCAAGCACUCGUGGCGUGGCAAGUAUAAGAGGGUCUUCUCUGUCGGCACUCUUGGUAUUACAACAUACAAUCCAAACUCAUUAGAAGUCACCAAUCAGUGGCCGUACAAUGAGGUAAUCAGUAUUGUGCCGAGUGUUAAGUCGCCAACCAACAAUGAGUUCCUCAUCACCAUGAAGCGUGGCAACAAGAAAGUGGACACCAUGAAGUUUUCCACGGACCACAGAGCUGAUGUGCUCACCGAGGCUCUGCGCUUUAGAAAAUUGUUCACUGAGAAGAAUGGGACAACCAAGCGGUUUAAUGCUUACAAGUGUCAUUGGUCAGAGACCCGUGUACCGGUCAUCUUGGAGGUCAACCAGGGCUCACUGGACCAGCUUCAUCCGGCCACAGGGUGCUGUCUCUGUUCGUACGAUUACAAGGAUAUGGAAGGAUUGACGCAGGUUUCGGAUUAUCCUGGGGGCGUAGCUGUGAUACACGGUGGAUUCAGUCGACUGCACUUGUUUGCCCUGGAUCAGAGAGAGGAACUGAUCAAGGCAUUACAAGAAAGCGCUGGUGCUUACGUGGGUAUCGCAAUCAAACAGCGGAAGGAGCCAAUUAAACAUGACCAGUUUCUUGAACACAAGUUUGGAAAAUACAGCACGGAUGAAGCUCUCACUUCUUACGCAGAAUUCAUCGUUCAAAAAGUAGAGUCAAGAAAUGUGGACCCGGUGCGCCGGACGCUAUGUCUGACUGAGACAUGUCUGGUUGAGAGAGACCCAUCCACCUAUAAUGUGGUGACGUGUAAACCAUUAUGUGAUGUAUUUGCUCUCGUGCGAGAUCAAGAGAACCCUCAGAAGUUCAGCGUGGAGUAUGUGAAAGGGGCGAUACGCAGCUACACGUCGACAGACAGGGAUGCAUUAAUAGCGUCAGUAUUAGACGGUGUGAGAGCGUCGGGGAAUCGAGACGUCUGUGUCAAAAUGAGGCUGACCAGGAGAGGCUGCCGACUAGGACCAUUCACUGUGCCAGUGGAUGAAGAGGUGGAGAGUCAACAUAUGAAAUUCAUUCAGGCUCCUACGGAUGGUAUGAAUUUCGCUGGUGCAGUGGAACGAUUCAAUGCCAACAUAUCAUACAGCGGGUUGCUACAUGCUGUCACUCAGGAUGGGCUAUUUGCCGAGAACAAAGAGAAGUUGAUCAAUGGGACGCUAUCAGCAUUGCUAGACCGCCAGGGUGACCAGAACACCAUCUCUGCCGAAGACUUGGAGGCCCAAUUCCAUGCACUACGAAGACUGGUCGCAUCAAAAGCGGGAUUCCAGGCCUUUACGUCGAUGCCUAAAAUGAGGGAGAGUGUAGGCCUGAAGGUGGUGAAGGCCUUGAAGAGGAAUGAUGAUGGCGUGACUCAUGCUGCAAUUGACAUGCUAAAUGCCCUUAUGCAGCCAAUGCACGAUGAUUAUGAUCUCCGUCGAGAGCAGAUGAACAAGGCAUCGUUGAUGUCAUCAAAGAAAUUCUUAGAAAAUCUUCUCGACAUGUUUAAGAACCAUGUGGUACGAGGGACUGGUGCAUUAGUCAUCACUGCCAUGUUGGAUUUCCUCACAUUUGCUUUGUGCGCCCCCUAUAGUGAAACAACGGACGGAACUUACUUUGACAAUCUAUUAGAAAUGGUCGCAGAUGAAGGCAGGGUCGUCUUCAAGCUCUUUCAGCAUCCAUCCAUGGCCAUCGUGAAAGGAGCUGGCAUGGUGAUGAAAGCCAUCAUCGAAGAGGGCGAUGCAGAGAUUGCCGCUAAGAUGCAGGACCUCGCACUAGCUGAAGGAGCGCUGCCGAAGCAUCUACACACCGCCAUGUUCACGCAGGGUAACGAUAGUCGGAUGUUGACGAUACGACAGCUCAGUCGCCAUCUGGUGGGACUGUGGGUCACUGGGCAUCCGACGGCGAUGGGGCUGCUUAGACGCAUACUGCCAAGUGGACUGAUGGCUUAUCUCGACUCGAUGGACCCAGUCCCAGAGAACGAGGAAGAUCGUCUUCACACGCGGGACAACCUCAAGAUGGCUGUUGAGGACCACGCCAGGAAACAGCGACUGAACCCUCAUCUACGCAUGAUUGAGAGGAAGGUGGAGCAUAUUCUGAUGCAUUGGAGGUCUAGGAUAGGUCUCGAGUCACGCAAACAGAAUAAGGAUGAGAAACCUAUAGUACUUAGGAAGAGGCGUCAACGAAUCAAAAGUGAGGCCAACUGGCCGCUGUUCUACUACUACUUCAACAAGGACCAUGCCAAGUCCAAUCUUAUAUGGAAUUAUAAGACUCGAGAAGAAUUACGCGAAGGGCUCGAGAAUGAGAUGCGAGCAUUCAGCGUGGACAAGGACCUCAGCGCAAGCCAUGUGAUCUCAUGGAACCAUCAGGAGUUUGAGGUUCAGUAUACGAGCCUCAACGAGGAGAUUAAAAUAGGUGACUAUUACUUGAGGUUACUGUUAGAAGAAGAUGAUCAAGAAACUGAAGAAACCAGUGCUAUCAAAAAGUCAAACGAAUUCUUCAAUGAUCUCUACCACCGGUUCCUACUCACCCCCAAGACUCACAUGAAGUGCAUGUGUCUGCAGGCGCUAGCGAUCGUCUACGGCAGGUGCCAUGAAGAAAUAGGAGCAUUCAAUGACACGAAGUACAUUGUUGGCAUGUUGGAGCGGUGUACAGACCGGAUGGAGCGGGACCGGCUGCUGAUAUUCAUCAACCGGCUGCUAUCACACCGGAAAAACGUGAAAGAAUUCCUCGAUGCCCACGGUGUGAAGAUCCUUGUCGACCUCUUGACCCUUGCUCAUUUACAUACCACUCGUGCUACAGUACCAAUGCAGACCAAUUUGUUGGAGGCGUCUCCUGACAUGUACAGCCGGGACACAGAGAAGGAGUGGUACUUUGGAAACAAGGAGAAAGAACGGCUGGGCCCGUACAGUUAUCAGGAGAUGAAAGAACUCUGGGAAGUGGGGACGGUGAAUGCUAAAACGCGGUGCUGGUCCCAGGGCAUGGACGGGUGGCGACCCCUCCUGACGGUCCCACAACUCAAGUGGAGCCUCCUCGCCACUGGACAGGCUGUCAAUAACGAAACAGACCUUGCCAUUCUUGUCCUGAAUAUGUUGAUCAAGAUAUGUGAAUACUACCCGAGUAGGGAUUCCGAUGGUGCUAUUAUCCGACCGCUGCCUCGAGCAAAAGCAUUGCUCUCCGAACCCGUGGCACUACCACACAUUGUACAGCUGCUGUUGACGUUCGACCCAAUCCUUGUGGAGAAAGUGGCCACGUUACUCUACCACAUCAUGCAGGACAAUCCAAGCCUCCCGCGCAUCUAUCUGACCGGUGUCUUCUUCUUCAUCAUGAUGUACACUGGCGCUAACGUACUACCCAUCGCCCGAUUCCUCAAGUAUGCUCACCUAAAACAGGCAUUCAGAUCGGACGAAAACAAGAGCUCAGAUGUGAUAUCGCGGAGCGUGCUGGGCCACAUUAUGCCCGAGGCUAUGGUCUGGUACUUAGAGAACCACACAGCAGAGAAGUUUGCACAAAUCUUCCUUGGAGAGUUUGAUACGCCAGAGGCUAUCUGGAGUAGCGAAAUGAGACGUAUGAUGAUUGAGAAGAUAGCAUCUCACCUGGCCGACUUCACGCCUCGCCUCCAAAGUAACACUCGCGCCCUGUAUCAGUAUUGCCCAAUACCAGUCGUUAACUAUCCUCAACUCGAGAGCGAACUCUUCUGUAAUAUCUACUACUUGCGCCACCUGUGUGAUGUACAUAAAUUCCCUGAGUGGCCCAUCAACGAACCAGUGGCACUGCUGAAGGAUAUCUUGGAAGCCUGGAAGAAAGAAGUCGAAAAGAAACCUCCGUCCAUGUCCAUUGAAGAUGCUUAUGAGGUACUCCGUCUGCCCAAGGGAGAGGGAGGGCAUUUGGAAGCCAAGAUCCGAAAAGCCUACUUCAAAUUGGCCCAGAAAUACCAUCCAGAUAAAAAUCCUGAAGGACGGGAUAUGUUUGAGAAGGUGAACAAAGCUUAUGAGUUUCUGUGCAGUAAAACCAAGGUCACAGAUGGACCAGAUCCCGCCAACAUUGUACUCAUUCUCCAGGCGCAGAGUAUAUUGUUUAGCAGAUACAAAGACGUGCUCGAGCCGUACAAAUACGCCGGUUACCCGAUGCUCAUCAAGACCGUUAAGAUGGAGACAAACGAUGAACAGCUGUUCUCCAAGUCGGCGCCCAUCUUGGCUGCGUCGAGUGAGCUCUGUUACCACACCGUCAACACGUCCGCUCUCAACGCAGAGGAGCUAAGGAGGGAAAACGGCAUUGAGAUCCUGCAAGAUGCUUACACUCGUUGCGUGUCCACAUUGAGUGCAAUGACGAAACCUGAAGAGCUCGCUGUUCAAGUGUGCGCUCACAUCACAAGGUGCUAUUCUGUCGCGGCGGCAUUUGAGGGCUCGAGAGAAAAGAUCCAAGAACUACCCGAGAUCAUCAAGGAUCUAUCGAGGAUUUUAUAUUACAAGCAUUUAACCAAACUUUGUGCAGUCGUGACUGACUGCAUCAGUGCCUUUAGCGUGGACUUCUGGCUUCAGACGAGCCUGUAUCAGGCGGGGGCACUCUGGCAUCUGCUGCACUACAUGUUUAACUAUGAUUACACGUUGGAGGAAAGUGGGGUGGAAAGGAGUGACGAGUCAAAUCAACAGGAAGUCGCCAACAUGCUCGCCAAGCUGAGCAUCCGGGCAAGUGCAAGUCUCAGCGGCUACCUCCAGGGAGACGAUGCCACACCAGACAAUCCUGCCGUGAAAAAGUCCUUGAGUGCCAUGUUGACGCCGUACCUGGCGAGAAAGUUAGGGACAGAUCCAGCAGAGGAGGUGCUGAAGAUUUUAAACUCAAAUACAGAGAACCCCUACUUGAUCUGGGACAAUGCCACGAGAGCAGAACUCUGUAAAUUCCUUGAGGAUCAACAAUCGAACAAAAACCGAACGGGUCAGUGUGAUCCUGCCCUGGGCUCGGAGUUCGUCUUCUCUGUGCACGAGAAGGAGUUGAUUAUCGGAGAGAUCUUCGUAAGGAUCUACAACGACCAGCCAACAUUCCCACUAGAGAAUCCCAAGGGUUUCACCAUCGACCUGUUGGACUAUCUGGGAUCGCAAGCGCAAUAUUUACAUUCCUUGAUGGCACUGAGUGCGCAGGACUGCAUCAACGCCACGCAGCAGCAGGAAGGACGGUUAAUACAUGUCGAGUUGGCCCUUGAGGCGCUCAGGAAUGUCAUAAAAAAUAACCCAGGUGGCACCACUAAUCAUAGUUUGGGUGUCGAGAUCCAGUGUAUCGGCCAUUUCAAGCUGUUGUUUGCCUUGCUCAGGUUGACAGGCUGCAACAAGAUACAGCAGUAUGCUCUUGAGGUGAUUUCCAAUGUGACAGGUAACCAAGAGUGUGUGAAAGAUAUAGCUGCUUCAGAGGUGCUCGCCUACUUGCUCAUGAUCAUGGAGACCCUACAAUCUAGUCGAGUCCUUAUCAUUCAGACCCUCUACCCCCUCAUGUCCAGCACCAGGAUCGUGAAAGAGGCCAUGAACAAGGGGGCACUGAUCUAUCUCCUCGAUAUGUUCUGCAACGCCACCAACCCGGCCGUACGAGAACAAAGUGCCGAUCUCUUCGCCAAAGUUCUGAGCGACAAACUCGUUGGCCCGAAACUCCGCUUGAUCAUGAUGAAAUUCCUGCCGCCGAUAUUCAUGGAUGCCAUGAGAGACAAUCCCGAGGCUAGUGUACAUAUGUUCGAAGGAAGCCACGAGAACCCAGAGCUGAUCUGGAAUGACGAGGCUCGGGAAAAGGUGUGCGAUGUGGUCAGAAAGAUGAAGGACAGGCACUACAUGAACCAGAAGGACAAUCCGGACAUCCGCUGGAACAUCCCCGAAGAUUUCAGCGUUGUUUAUUCAAAUGUGCAAGGAGAGAUUGUGAUAGGGGGAGUGUUCCUGCGUCUGUUUGUGGCAAACCCUGGCUGGGUUUUGCGCAAGCCAAAGGAAUUCAUCACAGAGUUGUUGGAGAAAUGGGUGCAGCUUGUUAGUGUACAAAACCCACAGGGUGAGGUUUUGGAGUUGGUCACCUCUGCUAUAGUAUUUUACUUCGCGGCGCAGCCAAGCAUGUUGGAUCAAAUUCCCCAGUUGGGACACGUGCCAAAAAUAUUCAAAUCCAUGUCGUCAAGAAACGAUGCCAUUCCUAAAUCUGCUGUGCAGAUCAUUAGGCAGCUGUCGGAGAACCAGACGUGUGUGCGAUGCAUGGCAAGUUGUACAGACUGUAUUGCUUCCAUGAAAGUGGCCAUGAAGUUAAGGCGGGACAUGAUCGGUGUGGCAUGCGAGGCGUUACACAACAUGUUUGAAUCGGGUGAGGACGAACUAGUAUCACAGGCAUUGAAAUCAGAUAUGAUUCCCUACUUGGUCGGCCUCUUGGACCGAGGCCUGGAGAUCCUGGACAAUCCAGCAGCAACAAAGGCGCAGAUCGUCAAAGCUCUAAAAGCCAUGCUGAAGAGUUUAACAUUUGGUGAAGAGGUGAAUGGCAUUUUGGAGAAGUCGACCGUCUGGAAAGAUUACCGAGAUCAGAAGCAUGAUCUAUUUAUAUCGAACACGCCAGUCGCUGGAUAUCUUACAGGUCCUGGUGUAGCAGGAUAUCUAACCGCCGGGACAACGUCUGCCAAUUCAAUGCCAACAGCACCCCCUCCAGACGAACGCCAUGACUUCCAGUAGAGAUUACGAUGUCCAAUAGAUUCAUUAUUGCUGCAGACACAUUCGACUGCAUGAACAAUUUUGGUGCAUAAUCUUGUGACGAGGCAAAAUGGUGCCCCGUGCCGAAGGGAGCUAGUCACAUACCAAUGAUAUCAAGAUAGGAGAAGAGGACAACAUCUUCUUUUCCUCCUCAUAAUGUUAUUGUUGAUUUGUAAAAGUUUUUUUGUUAUUUUGUUAUUGAACAUUCGUGAAUUAGGGCUGUUGGCCAAAACCAAAUUGCAGUGUUUCGUGACAAUAUUUCGGGGCAGAGUGAAAUUACUUUUAUCAUGAUGUUAGGAUAUUUAUUGUCAAUUGUUUGGGAUCUUUUCUCGAAAUCCCCUGGAUGUGAACUUGUCACGACCAUCGUUAAUAAAUGGGCUAUGAUGCUUCUGUUGCACAUCUAUACACCUGCUCAAAUCAAUUUAGUAUGAAAUUGGCUGAUUCAUUAUUUGGCUGUGAUUGUCGAGAUGGGGGUUAGACAUUUUUUUAUUUGGUUUUCUGUGGGUCACAUGAAAGUUCAUGUUGCCUGGUCCUCAUUAGUAAUCGUUACCUGGACCACAUUUUUUUGGGAUUGACAAGGCAUGAUGUGAACCUGUGCCCCUUGACACUUUAGGCUGUGUACCUGGGCCACAUCGAAUGGCGUGUCACAAGAUCUUGUGUACCUGUUCACCCUUGACACUGCAUUCUAUGAACCUGGGCCCAAUGUUAUGCCAUGUUUAUACACAACACGUUGUGUACUUGGACCACAUGUUAUGCCCUCGAAUCAUGUUAGUUGAACCACAUGUUAGAUUAUAACCUUCGUUUUUUGUACUUAGAGCUUUCUUUGCGUUUUUGAGUGACUUAACACAGGAUAGUCUCUUUGUGCAGAAGAUUAUCAAAAGUGCUAUACAUUCCUCUUCUUUGCAACUUGGCAUUGCAAUGUGCUGAUAAAUGUCUUAAUAUGCUUAUUGCUGUACGGUUGCUAUUCGUCGUCAAAAUUGGAAGAAAAAAGGGAAUUUUGAAGUGUGCCAAACAGUUGCUCAGUUAUCGUUAGAGAAAAACUACAGCAUUAGCUGGACUAAGCGUAACCUCCUUCAGUAAAUUUCAUUUUCAAUAGUACGGUAUGGACUGCACACCAAUGAUUCCGCAAUGCUGAUUGACCAACCGGGCCUGGUAUGUUUUUCUUGGUUGGUCGGUGUAAAGUCUAAGGUUAUAUAUGAUAGUUUUGCAUGCAGUGACGAACAAAAGGACAAUUUACUUAUGUAGGAAAAGGUGUAGACUAUGUAUGGAGAAAUCCACGGAGAAAAUGAAAACUGUUGACCCCUUUUUUUUGUGGCCCAAAAUGUUUGCGAUAACGUCCUUUUCAGAUUUUGCUUAAGUUAUUGCCGCUAUAUAUAGGGUUCAUGUUCUAAUGAUAAAACCAUUAAGUUAAAAAUUGUCAAGUUUGUGAUUGUACCCCCUCGCGCAAAAGGCUUGCAAAAAUAUGGAGGUUUACAGUGCUGCGUUAGUUGUGCGCCUUGCAAAAAUUGGUAUUUUCUUUUCGGGUAUGUCUGAAAAUAAAAUUGUAUUCCAGAAUGUAUUGUUGAUUGACAAACAAACUGUUUGGUUUUGUGCGAGUUUUAAUAUCAGGUGUUAAAAACUCAACAAAAGGAUAGAUAUCAGCGUGUAUAUAUAGCUAAGAAGCUUUGUCAAUUCUAUGAUACUUUCAACCGAAUUGGCACCUUCAGGUUUGGAUAUGAAGGACAUGAUCGAAUCAUCAUAAGAUAGAUCGUUUUGAGUGGGAAGCCCGAGUUACACGGUAGGAUAUCCGCUGACCGGAACAAAUCUGCAAAAGAUAGAUCAUUUUGAGUGGGAAGCCCGAGUUACAGGGUGGGAUAUCCUCUGACCGGAACAAGUCCCCAAAAGAUAGAUCAUUUUGAGUGGGAAGCCCGAGUUACAGGGUGAAAUAUCUGCUGACUGGAACAAAUCGGCGAAAGAUAGAUCAUUUUGAGUGGGAAGCCCAAUUUACAGGUUGGGAUAUCCUCUGACCGGAACAAGUCUGCAAAAGAUAGAUCAUUUUGAGUGGGAAGCCUGAGUUACAGGGUUGGGUAUCCGCUGACCGGAAAUAUGUGUGCUCUACUUUAGACGGUUUACCUCACAUGUAUUGUAAAUAGAGAACUAUAAAUGUGUAUUUUCAAAAGAAUGUGCUAGUCGCCAAAAUUGGAACAUUUUUGUAGAAAAUGUGCUUUGUAUAAUUCUGAGGUGCCUGUCUGAAUGUGAAUGAUAUCAAGUUGUAUCAUUUAUGGAAGCUGUGUAGUAUUACUUUGUUCAUGUGCUGGAUGUCUACAAUGACUUUCAGUUGAAAUAAGCUGCUUCUAGUUGAGAUGCCUGUCUGAAUGUGAAUGAUAUCUUCAAUAAGUUGUAUCAUCUAUUGAAGCUGUCUAUUGUUACUAUUUCCAUAUUAGGGAGAUGUCGACAGUGGCUUUCAGUUGAAUGAAGCUGCCUCUGUCUUAGUUAAACAUGUUGUUAAUGAUGUUAGUCUAAACAUUCAUAGUCACAAGGAAGAGAGUAUAUAUUUUGCGUAUUUCAGGAUUUAAUUUCUCGAAUGGAGGCGAGCGAUAAAAAUGACAUCACGUGUUGGUCUCUUCUUUUUGGCAUCAACUAAUAAAAAUCUGACCCGAAUAUGUUAAUGCCUGAAGACCCUCUUUUGAGAGAGGGGAGAGGUUCCAGAGAGAGACGAACAGUGUUAAUUUUUUGGCCUCAAGACUAUUUUGACAUGCUCCCUAAAUAUUCGGUCGCAAAUUAAGGGGGGAAAUUUGUUUAAAAUUUGUUGUCUUAUUUUAAUCAGACGACAUUUGUUCAACUGUUGAUUGUCCUUGUCUGCUGAGAAGAUUGUGACCUUCAGCACUUAAGUGAUGGUGACCUCGAUCUUCAAGGUGACUGUAACCUUAAACCCGCAGUGACCUUGAAUGGUGAGGUGAUGUUGAUCUUGAAAACCCUGAGGUGUUGGUGAUCUUGAAUUCGGAAGUGAAGACCUUGAACAUGAAGGGGAUUAUGACCUUGAAUUUAAAGUUAACAGUAACCUUGAUCCAUGAGGUGGUUGUUACCUUGAAAUUGAAAGCAACAUGAAUCUUGGAUGACCUUUAACUUCAAGGCGAUGGUAAUCUUGAAUUCCAAGGUGAUUGAAGGUUAUGCUGACCUUGAACUGUGAGGGGUGACCUUGAAAUCUGAGGGGUUACCUUGAUUUCCAACGUGAUUGUGACCUUAAACUUGAAAAUGAUGAUGACCUUGGACCCCAAGAUGAGUGUGACCUUUAACUCUAUGGGGAUUCUAUGUUAGACUGCAUCCUAUCCAAGUAUGUUCUGAUAUUGUAAGAAACUGUAGAUUGUGUGUAAGAUAGUAAUUUUAAAUGACAACAAUCAAAAAUAUAAAUUGAAAAUAAAUACGAUAUUUCAUA